AUGACGACAGUGGAGCACAGAGAGAACAAUGAUGGAGGCAUUCCACAUGUCACAGCACGUCACAGUUCCUCCCCCGACCAGAGCCAGGCUCGGCGUGGGGCAGCCUGCCUCCGUCAGGCGGGGGGCGGGGGGAGGCCAACCAACAGCACAGCAUGCUUGUGGUGCACAGACCGGGCCGGGCGCGGCAGCGCGGCCUACCUGCGGCGGCUCCAGCACAGCCAGAGAGCGAGGCACCGCGGCAAACGCCUUGUAUGCCUGCUUGACAUUCACUGGAAACUCAUCGGGCGAGCAUUAACCCACCGCCUCUGUCUGUCUGCUCCUCAGCCGGGGAAGCAGAAGAAGAAGUUCUCUUCGUUCUUUAAGAGCCUGGUGAUCGAGCUGGACAAAGACCUCUACGGCCCGGACAACCACCUGGUCGAGUGGCACCGCACGCCCACCACCCAGGAGACGGACGGCUUCCAGGUGAAGCGGCCCGGGGACGUGAGCGUGCGCUGCACCCUGCUGCUGAUGCUGGACUACCAGCCCCCCCAGUUUAAGCUGGACCCCCGCCUGGCGCGCCUGCUGGGGAUCCACACCCAGACCCGCUCCUGCAUCAUCCAGGCCCUCUGGCAGUACGUGAAGACCAACAAGCUGCAGGACUCCCACGACAAGGAGUACAUCAACUGUGACAAGUACUUCCAGCAGAUCUUCGACUGUCCUCGGCUGAAGUUCUCUGAGAUACCUCAGCGGCUCACCAACCUCCUGCUGCCCCCCGACCCCAUCGUCAUCAACCACGUCAUCAGCGUGGACCCCAACGACCAGAAGAAGACGGCCUGCUACGACAUCGACGUGGAGGUGGAGGACCCGCUGAAGAGCCAGAUGAGCAGCUUCCUCCUGUCCACCGCCAACCAGCAGGAGAUCGCCUCGCUGGACAACAAGAUCCACGAGACCAUCGAGUCCAUCAACCAGCUGAAGAUCCAAAGGGACUUCAUGCUCAGCUUCUCCAGAGAUCCCAAGGGCUACAUCCAGGACUGGCUGAAAUCCCAGAGCAGAGACCUAAAGCUGAUGACGGACGUGGUGGGGAACCCUGAGGAGGAGCGGAGGGCCGCGUUUUACCACGAGCCCUGGUCCCAGGAGGCCGUCAGCCGCUAUUUCUACUGCAAGAUCCAGCAAAGGAGACAGGAGCUCGAACAGGCCUUAGCGGUCCGCAACACCUAA